AUGGAUACAAAAAUUGGAUCUGUGGAUUCGGGUAACUCUGCUAUGUGCACAGACGUGUGUAGCGUCCCCACAAACGGCGACGUUUCUCUCGUUCAGAACUAUGCACUGCCGUUUAACUCCGCCGACGCCACUCUAGGCCGCCAUCUGGCUCGCCGGCUCGUUCAGGUUGGAGUGAGCGACGUUUUCUCGGUUCCUGGCGACUUCAACUUGACGCUACUUGACCACCUCAUCGCUGAACCCGGCCUCAACUUGAUUGGAUGCUGCAAUGAACUCAACGCUGGAUACGCCGCUGAUGGCUAUGCUAGGGCUCGUGGAGUCGGCGCUUGUGUUGUUACCUUCACAGUCGGUGGUUUAAGUGUUCUCAACGCGAUCGCCGGUGCCUACAGUGAGAAUCUUCCGGUGAUAUGCAUAGUCGGCGGACCAAACUCCAACGAUUAUGGUACUAACCGGAUCCUACAUCACACUAUCGGGUUACCGGAUUUUACUCAGGAGCUCCGCUGCUUCCAAACAGUCACUUGCUAUCAGGCGGUGGUGAAUAAUUUGGAAGAUGCUCACGAGUUGAUAGACACGGCGAUAUCGACGGCGUUAAAGGAGAGUAAGCCGGUGUAUAUAAGUGUGGGCUGUAACUUGCCGGCAAUUCCUCACCCCACGUUUAGUCGGGAGCCUGUUCCAUUUAUUCUCUCUCCCAAGGUGAGUAAUAAAAUGGGUUUGGAAGCUGCCGUUGAAGCAGCAGCCGGGUUCUUGAACAAGGCUGUGAAACCAGUGAUGGUAGGUGGGCCGAAGCUUCGUGUUGCCAAGGCAUGCGGUGCCUUUGUCGAAUUAGCAGAUGCUUGUGGCUAUGCUCUCGCAGUGAUGCCGUCGGCCAAAGGACUAGUCCCUGAGCACCAUCCCCAUUUCAUCGGGACUUACUGGGGCGCAGUGAGCACAGCAUUCUGUGCAGAGAUCGUGGAAUCAGCUGAUGCAUAUUUGUUCGCUGGCCCAAUCUUUAACGACUACAGCUCGGUUGGAUAUUCUCUCCUUCUCAAGAAAGAGAAGGCGAUCAUUGUGCAGCCUGAUCGCGUGACAAUUGCUAAUGGACCUGCAUUUGGAUGCGUUUUAAUGAAGGAUUUCUUCGUUGCUCUUGCGAAGAGGCUUAAGUGUAAUACGACUGCUUAUGAGAAUUACCGUAGGAUCUAUGUUCCUGAUGGACAUCCUCUUAAGUGUGAGCCUAAGGAGCCAUUGAGGGUUAAUGUUCUGUUCCAGCAUAUUCAGACGAUGUUGUCGAGUGAAACGGCUGUCAUUGCUGAGACCGGGGACUCGUGGUUCAACUGCCAAAAACUGAAACUGCCACCGAGAUGCGGGUAUGAAUUCCAAAUGCAAUAUGGAUCCAUUGGUUGGUCAGUGGGAGCAACUCUGGGUUAUGCACAAGCAGUACCAGAGAAGCGAGUCAUUGCUUGCAUUGGUGAUGGUAGCUUCCAGGUGACUGCUCAGGACGUGUCAACAAUGAUCCGAUGUGGACAGAAGACUAUAAUCUUCUUGAUAAACAAUGGUGGUUACACCAUUGAAGUAGAGAUCCACGACGGGCCUUACAAUGUAAUCAAGAACUGGAAUUACACUGCAUUAGUAGACGCCAUCCACAAUGGUGAAGGAAAUUGCUAUACAACUAAGGUACGUUGUGAAGAAGAACUUGUCCAAGCAAUUGAAACUGCAACAGGAGACAAGAAAGACUGCUUAUGCUUCAUCGAAGUGAUUGUUCACAAGGAUGACACCAGCAAAGAGCUACUUGAAUGGGGUUCUAGAGUCGCAGCAGCCAAUAGUCGCCAUCCAAACCCUCAGUAG